GCGCGAGCAGAUGGAGCAGAUGAAGCAGCGGAUCGCAGAGGAGAACAUAAUGAAAUCCAACAUCGACAAGAAGUUCUCUGCGCACUACGAUGCCGUGGAGGCGGAGCUCAAGUCCAGCACCGUGGGUCUCGUUACCCUGAAUGACAUGAAGGCCAAGCAGGAGGCGCUGGUGAAGGAGCGGGAGAAACAGCUGGCCAAGAAGGAGCAGUCGAAGGAGCUGCAGCUGAAGCUGGAGAAGCUGCGAGAGAAGGAGCGGAAGAAAGAGGCCAAGCGGAAGAUCUCUAGCCUGUCCUUCACCCUGGAGGAAGAGGAGGACGGCGGCGAGGCGGAGGAGGAGGUGGCCGUGUACGAGGAGGAGCUGGACAGGGAAGAGAUCACCACAAAGAAGAGGAAAUUGGGGAAGAAUCCAGACGUGGACACUAGCUUCUUGCCUGACCGAGACCGGGAGGAGGAGGAAAAUCGGCUCCGGGAAGAGCUGCGGCAGGAGUGGGAAGCCAAGCAGGAGAAGAUCAAGAGCGAGGAGAUUGAAAUCACCUUCAGUUACUGGGAUGGCUCUGGGCACCGGCGGACAGUCAAGAUGAAAAAGGGCAACACGAUGCAGCAGUUCCUGCAGAAGGCGCUUGAGAUCCUGCGUAAGGACUUCAGCGAGCUCAGGUCAGCAGGCGUGGAGCAGCUCAUGUACAUCAAGGAGGACUUGAUCAUCCCACAUCAUCACAGCUUCUAUGACUUCAUCGUCACCAAGGCGCGAGGGAAGAGUGGACCUCUCUUUAACUUCGACGUUCAUGAUGAUGUGCGGCUGCUUAGCGAUGCCACCGUGGAGAAGGAUGAGCCGCUGGGAGCCCUACGACCCCGAGAAGAAGUGGGACAAGUACACGAUCCGGUGAUGGGUGGUCGUCUGCUGCCGCCAGCACCCCCGCCCCAUGUCUUCAGGACUGCAGGCGAUGGCUCCCCUCCGACCAUGCAACCAUGCGACCACGUCACCCCGUGGCGCUGUCACUUUUUUUUUUGCAAUAAAGAAAUGCACACGUUAGAGCUGGAGCACCUGCACUGUGAGAAAGUGUGUCCUGUUUAAAAGCAUAUUUAUUGAAAAAAUUUA